AUGGCAAAUAACUCGUGGAGCGCGAAAACCAAAUUGGCAGCAGGGCCGGGAGCAUCGCUCAAGAUCACGCCGUCAAACUCCCCCGUACUGAGACCGGGCACGCGAUCCCCCAGGACGUCCCCCCAUCAAGCAACCCUCUCCCUUCAGACGGUGAUCGGCACGACGACGGCGACGCCCAAUGGCUUCUCUUCUCAUGAACCAACCCGAUCGUUUGCCCUUUGUGUCGGCUCCGCUGCCAUCCUGGCCGAGAUCGAUGCCGACAGCACCGUCAGUCAGCGUUUCUUCCGGGCCCGUCCGACGGCGACGCCGGUCAAUCCGGUGACUUCGUUCUACAACCAGCAGCCGGCUCCGACGACCCCGGAUAACCGCAAUAGAUCUACUCCUGGCAGGCUGGGUGCCAGUGCGAGUUGCUAUGGAAGCUCUCCGUCAGGCGACUGGGCCGAUUCGACUGGUUCCAGGACAUGGACGUCCAGAGAGAGAAUAAAGGCAGUGACGAGCGUUGCAAUCAGUCCGAAUGGGCGAUUCCUAGCUGUGGGAGAGACAGGAUAUAACCCCCGUGUCCUGAUCUUCUCCACGGCGAAAGAUGCCCCACGUGAUGUUCCGCUGACCAUUCUAACUGAGCAUUCGUUUGGUGUCCGCGGUCUGGCGUUCAGCUCCAAUUCGCAAUAUCUGGCCACGCUGGGCGACAUUAAUGAUGCCUUCCUCUUCGUCUGGGCCAUCAACCUCCGAACCGGAGCUGCUAAGCUCCACUCCACGAAUAAGUGCACGUCUUUUGUCCGCGAUAUGUGCUGGAUGGGCCAGACUCUGAUCACGGUCGGAAUACGACAUGUCAAAGUCUGGAGACUCGCCGAUGCAGCAUCAGGGUCUCCCACGAAACCGCGUCCCAAUGGUGAUGCCUUCUUGAACUCCCCAGGCGCAGCUCCCAAGGCACUUUCCGGGAGAAAUUGUCUAUUAGGCCCUCUUGGCGACCAUACUUUCACCUGCGUCUCCAGCAUCUCGGACUAUGAAGCUAUCAUCUGCUCUGAGAGCGGUGCAGUCUGCUUCCUAGACGACACUGAGGGCGCCCAGAAGUUGACUUGCGUGAAGCGUCUCGAGUUCGGCGUCUACUCCAUAGCUGUAGACUCUGAGACGGGCACGGUAUGGCUAGGCGGUCGGGGCAGGAAAACAUUGAAACUCCAAAUUGAAGAGCUACGGGCAAUGUUGACGUCUGUAUCGCCAUCUCUGAAUGGCUCGAAUGAUACAGGAAGUCCUAAGGGGAGAUUACCGGCCAUCAUAUCUAUGGGAUUUCUCUCAACGCAUAUGGUGACGGUGGACUCGACACGAGCGAUCCAUGUCUCCCCUAUCGAUGCCUUAGGCAGCGACGACGACCAAAGUUUCAUGGAGGCAUUGAUGCCCGCCCACCGGGACCCUGUUCUAGGGGUCGGACCGCUUAAAAUGCCGAACGCCCACGAUGCGGACUUUUUCACCUGGUCUUGUGAGGGAACUGUCAACUUUUGGAAUCUGCAGGGCAAGUGCCAGGCGACGAGAAAAAUUGAGCUCGAGCAGCUAGGGACCAGCGAUGAUGAGGUUUCUAAUGAGCUUAAAGUCUUGCGCGCUAUUGAGGAGAUGGACUCGUUCGUAUCUGGUGAUCGAUACGGUGUCCUGAAGGUGCUAUCCGCGAACCCGUGGAAAUGCGUCAACGAGGUGCGAGCUCAUGGCGGUGAGGUGACUGAUAUUGCCGUCCUGUCGUGCCCCGGUCAUUGUUUGGUUGUGAGUUGCGGUCGGGACCGGAUGGUCCAACUUUUCAAGAAAACAGAGGAGGCGUUCGAGUUGAUUCAGACGAUGGAUGAUCACGUCGGCGCCGUGGGGCGUGUGCUCUUCAUGAAUGAUGGGGAGCGAUUACUGUCCUGUUCCGCUGAUCGGACAGUGAUCAUACGGGACAGGGCGACGCGAGAGGCGGAUGGAUCGAUCAUUACCGCCUUCAUACUGUCGAAGGUCAUAACCUUGAAAGUGUCGCCGGUUUCGAUGACAUUGGCUCGUGAUGACCCCGACACCCUGAUUGUCUCCACGAUCGAUCGGCAAAUACAGCGAUUUGAUGUGUCUUCGGGACGACAUAUCCACUCAUUCAGAGCAUCCGACCCAGAGACAAACGAUGCGGUGGUGAUGAGCUCGUUGAUUGUAAGCAGUGAAAUUCCGGGACACAGCCCGCGACUGCUUGUUGGAGUCUCAACCACCGAUAAGUCGAUCCGGGUCUAUGACUUUGAUAGAGACACGCUCCUCACCCGGGAAUUUGGACAUUCAGAAGGCGUCAGCGAUGUGAUGCUGUUGGAAAGCAGACCAUCUGAUUCCGCGGCGGGCACCAAGCGGACUUUGAUCAGCACCGGUCUGGAUGGUGUUGUGAUGAUUUGGGAUCUGUCCGUCCAGCAGCAGCAGGUCCAGGAGCUUUCUCAGGCGAAUAUCCGCGAGGAGGAUGAGACACCUGCGAAGGAGUUGACGGCAGCAAAGCCUCCGCUUCGCCGCAUUCUCUCAAGGUCCGAGCUCGCGGGAUUCCAGCGGCAGGACAACCCGGCAGCUACACCGACACCGGUGCGUGAUCAGUCGCCGCCCCGAAUACGAAGGAAGGGAUCUCGGUUCUCGCUGGCUCCGCCGACGAACAAGAAUGGAAACACGACAGGGGGGGAUACACCAAGCCCUUUGCCUGCUAGCCGGCGCUCUCCAGCAUCGGUCAUCUCAGACGGCAGAGGAAGGUCUCCUUCGCCUCCGAGCCCAAAGGCUAAAGUGAACGGCCUCAGCAGGACUUCGAGCAUCAGUAAUCUGCAUCGCCCGUCAUUGGACUUCCGGUCACGAACGAAGAAUACAAGCGAGUUCGGAAGCUUGAACAUGUCAACCGAGCAGGUUUGCCGCACGUUGCGGGCGUACCGGAAGAAACUCAACGGGUCUACCGAGUAUCCACGUUGUGCAAAGGAGUUGCAGCGCGAGCUUGAUCUCACAAUCCACGCUUUGGGUGAACGGGCAAAGAGGCAUCAAGCGAAUGCGGACACGGAAAACGAUAGCAGCGGCAAGGAGAAUGAGAAGAAGCCCGAACCGACUCCCAGCAAGCCACCAAGGAUUGCUAGAAGAGUUCCGUCCACUCCGGUGUUAGGCCAGAAGGGAUCCAGAAGGAUAUCGAGGAGUCGUUCUCUAGACGCAGACGGGGAGGGGUGA